AAACUUAUUUCUUCAAUCAUUACCUGAAAUAUAUAUUUAAUAAGGUUGUGUGAAAAUAUCAACGACUCUGAAAAGAGUAGACGUUACACGAUAUGAGUCAUUAAAAAUAUACUUUAGAGCUGCACCGAAAUUUGUACUCUUUAUUGAUAUUCUUAGACAAAAUUUGUUACAUAAAUCUUACUGCUAUUUAUACUAACUAUUGUCUUUACUUAUUACUAGCAGUUGUGUACAUACCUAUAACAUUUCGUUUGUUCUAAGAUAAUGUUGUUUUGAUACAUUCUGUUCAUUUAGGGAAAAUCUUGUUUUGAUGUUUGUUUGUUUACAAUAUUUUGGUGAUAUAAAUAAUAUAUCGAUAAAUGAUUUUUCCUUGGUUUAUGUUUGUGUGAUGUUUGAUAUCUAAUGUCAAUUAGUGUUUACAAAACGAAAGGUUCGUCUGUCAAUUCUUUCCAUGGAAGAAAAAAGGUAACAGCGAUUUCCAUUAAAGUCACGGCUACAAAAAAGUUAAAAAGUUUGUAAAAGGGGUUUGUUUGGAGAGUCUACUUUAUCACAAACACAAGUAUUUGAGUGGCACAAAGCAUUCAGUAAAGUUCAUUAAGUCAUUGAAAACUUGCCUCAUGCGAGUCGUCCCUCUGUCUCUGCGAAUGACAAUAACAUCGAAAAAGUUAAAAAAAAACAGCUGUUGGUAUCAGAGAGAUAACAGAAUAUCUCAACAUCUCAUAUGGAUGAACUCAACAUAUUUUGGUUGUGAUUGACUUUUUGGCCAAACACGAAACGUGAGUCAUCACUCAGCCACUAUAUUCGCCAGAUUUGGCUCUCUGUGACUUUUUUUCGGCUGUCGAAACUGAAAAAUCCGCUUCGGGGAACGUGUCAUGAGUCCAAUGACCCAAUAAAAGAAUUCGCCUAACAAAUUGUGCGCGUCGUAAACAAACAGCUACCAAAUACAUUAUUUGAUACAUAUACGAUAUGGAAGUCACGAACAUUAAAAUGCUGUACUAACCCAACAAAAGUUUUUUAUUGAUUCCUUUUGCGCGCGCAGUUUUUCGCUUACAUCAGAAAUAUUACCCUUAGUACUAAUAUAUAAUAUUAUAUUAUAAAUUCUUACUCCUAUAAAGAAAACAUCUCAUCUGUCAUGUCAGACAAAAAUAUAUUUUUCAUAAACUUACUUCAUGAUUAUCGCUCUCCUUAAUGCAUAUACAUACAAAUGUAUGUACGACUGUAAAGGGGCGUAAUCAACACGUCGUUCACGAGUUAAUCGUCAAUCACAUUGACUAAGUUUUAUUACAAACUUGAAAAUCUAGUCAACGAUUAUUUAGAAAACAUUAAAAUUGAUUCAAAGUAAUAUGAAGCAUUUCAGCGAAUAAAUUCAAUGAAUUUGCAAUUACAGAAAACCGCUCCCAAGCACAAAAUCAAAACUGUGUGUAAUGAGAAGUUCGCUCAGUCUCAUUUAAGUACCUGCUUCUAUAUGCCGCUGUUUAUAUUAAAGUGCAAAUAAAACCGUAAACUACUGAAGAUUCUUACAAAUGUUUGCAAAGAAUAAAAACUAAAAAAAAUAAAAAAAAUGCUGAAACAACAAACAAGCUUUCUAUAUCCCAUGAACUUUUCUGCGAUGCUACGAGCAAGACAAGAAGACCGAGACCAAAUUUCGAGAGCUUAGAAAGUUUGAAAAUCAUUAAAAAGUCAAGAAAAAAAUCGUCGAUCGUUUUGCGCUGGGCUACUUUUGCCACUAAAGCACACCAAGCGUUUAUUUCAGUAAAUCUAAAUUAUAAGGUUUUCACAUUUUCUUUUGCUUCUUAAUUUGCCGUUUUUGUUUAUAGCAAACAGUAUAAUUUGUAUUUGUUGUAUUUUACUUUGUGUAUAUUUGUUGCCAAAAUGAAAUAGAAUAAAUUAACCAUAGCGGAAAAAACAAUAAAAACAAAAAAAUAUUGCAAUCAAACCAAAGUAGCUUAACUAAAAACAAAAAAAAAAAAGAACAAACCAAGCACAAAAGUAAACUUUGUAUAAACACACACUGAUGUACAUGUAAAUAAAAAACCCCCACACGGAUGCAUGAAUUUGAAACGAAUGUGGCUUUCUAUGUUAGACUGCGAAAGCUGUUCAGUCGGUAGUGGAUUUAGCAAAUUAAUUUGCAUUAAAAAUGCUCGAAAUUUGUAUACAAAGGCUACAUUUAUAAUAAAAAUAAUUGACGUCACAUGGCAUCCAUAUAAGCUGCCAUUUAUUAUGAAAAUACGAGAUGCUGGCUUUUUUAUACCGAAGGCGUUUUACACGCUCGAUGCUGAGGGUCACAAAACACAGCCUCAUCCUGUGAGUCCACAUACUGCUCAGUAUUUGCACCGCUUGCGACGACAAACUUUUAGUUCCUCAUCAUCUUCGUCGUCUUCGUACUCGUCAUCUGGUAAUGGACGUCCUAUUGUUUUUGGGCAUGUUAGCACAACCUCAACCAAUCCAAGUGGAACCGUGAGCAUAUUAAACCGCUUUGGCGACGACGGCAGUUCAUCAACAAGUUCACACAGUUUACCCAAUGGGGCUGUUCACUAUCCCAUGGGAAGUAGCAAUGGAUAUAGCGACGACUACAAUAAUGGUCAAUAUGAUAAUAAUAGCAACCAAUAUGAUAACUAUGAUGACAAUACAAACACUGGUAAUUACAACAAGGUACCACAUUAUUCAUCGGUCUCUGCCUCUUCAUCGUUGCAAUCCAACGGCGGUCCGGUCGUCUUCAAAACCGAACAGUCGGUGACAUCGAACAAGGCAAAAGCUAAUGUUCAGAAUCGUUUCGGCGGUGAUGACACACCUCAAACGGUCAGCAAAACAGUAUCCACUACCGGUUACAUUGACGAGAAGGGCGUUGUACAUUCCAAGACAACUACCUCAAAAAAUUAACUUAAUUUAAUUGCAUUUUUAAUGUACUCGUAGUAUUUUUUUAUUCACAAGAAUUUUGUUUGCAAUAAAAUAGAUUUAUUCUAAAAACUUUUAAUU